AUGGCGACCACCUCGAGAAGAAAAGAGCGGAAGAUGAUAUCCACCCGCAUCCUGAUCAUAUCGGACACGCACGCCCAGCUACCCUCGCAGCCAGGUGAAGGAGCAUCUCCGGCGGCGCCGGCGGUGGUGCCGUUCCAGGCCCCGCUCCCCGCGGCCGACGUGCUCAUUCACUGCGGCGACCUGACGAUGAACGGGGCGCUUUCGCAGCACGAAGCCGCCGCGACCUUACUCAGGAACACCCCCUCCGAGACGCUCAAGAUCGUGGUCCCGGGAAACCACGACAUCACGCUCGACAGGGGAUACUACGCCCGCUUCCCGCGCCUGCACGCCCAUUACGACACAUACGCGGACGACGCGCUCGACCGCAUCCGCGAGUUGUAUACCGGUCAAAGGGCGAGGGAUGCCGGGAUUCGGUAUCUCGAGGAAGGGGUCGCGGCGUUUACGCUGAGGAAUGGCGCCCACUUGACCGUGUAUGCGAGCGCGUGGCAACCAGAGUUUUGUAAUUGGGCGUUUGGGUAUGAGAGGGGUGUCGAUAGGUUUAAUCACCCCUGUUCGCGGCGUCAGGGUCCGGAGACGGGGGAUGAUGAAGAUGGAGAACAGGCAGGUCAAGGGGACGGACAUCGUAUCGAGCAUGAACCACCCUCUCCAGUCCCCGUCCCCGACCACGGAGAAAUCGACAUCGUCGUCACCCACGGUCCCCCAAGGGGCAUCUUGGACAAGGUCUGGGCUCCCGGGCCCGACGGUGUGAAUCACGGGGAGAAUGUCGGCUGUGACCAUCUCCGCAGGGCGGUUGGGCGGUGUCGACCGCGGAUUCAUUGCUUUGGGCAUAUUCACGAGGCGUGGGGGGCGGUGUGGAAGAGGUGGUUUGAUGGGAAGGAUGGGGGUGGUGUUGGGAUCGAGAUUCGGGGAGAGGGAGGAUACACGUCUAUAACUGGGGGUGAUGUCGGUCGUGACGAGCACGAUGAUGGGACCGAGACUGAGAAAAGAGAGGGCAGGGGAGAGAAACAGAAUGGGUCUGCGACCAGGCGUAGCAAUGUCGAAGAUGUUUCAUUUCCUUCCUCGAUGACCGAGCAGAGACAGCGACAACAAACCCAACAAGACUCAACCAUCUCACCCUCACAAUUCCCCAACCCGCCAUACCACCCCAAGGACAACCCCAACUGCUACUACAUGUACAAGACACAGAACCCGCAACAGGACGUCCCCGGCGGCGAAACACUCCUCCAGCCCGACCCAUACGAAGAGCAGAUUCGGCAGAGGUGCGCAACGACCGUGGACGCGCGCGGGCUCGAGUUCGGCGCGGAGACGCUCUUUGUCAACGCGAGUAUCAUGAAUCUCCGGUACAGGCCGGUGAAUGCGCCGUGGUUGGUCGAUGUCAUGUUGCCUGAGGCGGAGGAUGGGGAUCAGGGGGGAGGGACGAGGAAUGAAUGA